UCUCCAUGUCACAUGGUCACUGAAACAUGGCUGCCGCCAUAGAGUGUGGAGCUGCUCCAAAUACUUCAGAAAACAACAUGUCCGUAAAGAAAGCUCUGUCUGUAGCUUCUCCUCUCACUCUGCGGAUUGUUGCUGAGUGCCCGGUGACCAAAGCGAGAGUUUGUGAUCUCAUUCUGCCACACUGCACCGUUAACACCCCGGUUUUCAUGCCUGUCGGUACUCAAGGGACCCUAAAGGGAAUAACUGUGCAUCAGCUGGAGGCUCUGGGAUGUCAGAUUUGUCUUGGGAACACAUAUCACCUUGGAAUGAGGCCGGGACCGGACUUGAUCGAGAAAGCCAAUGGUUUGCACGGGUUCAUGAACUGGAAGAGAAAUCUUUUAACUGACAGUGGAGGGUUUCAGAUGGUGUCUCUUGUUGAACUCUCUGAGGUCACUGAGGAGGGCGUCAAGUUCAAGUCACCCUAUGAUGGCAAAGAGAUCCUAUUAAGUCCUGAGAAGUCCAUCAGCAUCCAGAACAGCCUGGGGUCAGACAUCAUGAUGCAGUUGGAUGACGUAGUCAGCAGUACGGUGACGGGACCGCGGGUGGAGGAGGCCAUGCACAGAUCCAUUCGAUGGCUGGACCGCUGCAUAGUGGCCAAUAAGAAUCCACACAAACAGAACCUUUUCGCCAUCAUUCAGGGAGGACUGAAUUCAGAGCUGCGCAAGGCCUGUCUAGAUGAAAUGACCAAACGUGAUGUUCCUGGUUUUGCCAUUGGAGGCUUAAGUGGAGGAGAGGAGAAGGAUGACUUUUGGCGAAUGGUCACGCUGAGCACCGACCACCUGCCACGGGAAAAACCUCGUUACCUUAUGGGUGUUGGGUAUGCCGUGGAUUUGGUGGUGUGUGUCGCUCUUGGAUGCGAUAUGUUCGACUGUGUCUUCCCCACCCGAACUGCAAGGUUUGGCUCUGCUUUGGUGCCUUGGGGAUCUCUCCAAGUGAAACAGAAGCAAUAUGCCAAAGACUUCCAGCCCAUAGACCCAGACUGUCAGUGUCCCACCUGCAAAAGACAUAGUCGGGCUUACCUGCAUGCUCUGUUUAAGAGUGACACUGCUGCCAUGCAUCACGUCACCAUCCACAACAUUUCCUACCAGCUCACCCUGAUGCGCUCUGUGAGACAGAGCAUUAUGGAAGGCCGAUUUCCUGAGUUUAUCCAGGCGUUCAUGAAGCGAAUGUUUCCCUCCCGUGACCAGUAUCCCAGCUGGGCUGUGGACGCUUUAGCAUCUGUCAACAUCACUCUCCAAUAGAACCUGGGAGGCGAUGGUUUUUCUCUAAGUGGAGAUAAAUGUCAGUGACUGUAUGAUUUUAUACCUUUGUAAAUGACCUUUUUUAUGGA